AUGCCAAGUCUAGUAUUGAGUUCUAUAUGUUUUGAUUACAGUACAAUUAAACAUAGUGCUAAGCAUGAGUAUAAAUACUAUAGAAACCCAAAACUUCAGCAUACCGCUAAACAAUUUAAAUCAAAGUUUAAUAAUGCUGUGCUGGCACUUGCUAAAUGUAAUAAUAGUAACAAUGAAAAGUAUGAGCGAUUAGAUAAAACGUAA